AUGUCUAAGAUCACAGUCGCUAAUGUCCGGACGCAAGUCGCCGAGCUCUUGGAGUACUCCAACGAGACCAAGAAGCGCAACUUCCUUGAGACCGUUGAGCUCCAGAUCGGCCUGAAGAACUAUGACCCCCAGCGUGACAAGCGUUUCUCCGGCACCAUCAGGCUGCCCGCCAUCCCCCGCCCCAACAUGGCCAUCUGCAUCCUCGGUGACCAGCACGAUCUCGACCGUGCCAAGCACGGCGGUGUCGACGCCAUGUCCGCCGACGACCUCAAGAAGCUGAACAAGAACAAGAAGCUCAUCAAGAAGCUCGCCCGCAAGUACGAUGCCUUCAUCGCUUCCGAGGCUCUCAUCAAGCAGAUCCCCCGUCUCCUCGGUCCCGGUCUGUCCAAGGCUGGCAAGUUCCCCACCCCCGUCUCUCACGCCGACGACCUGACUGGCCGCAUCAACGAGGUCAAGUCCACCAUCAAGUUCCAGCUCAAGAAGGUCCUCUGCAUGGGUGUCGCCGUCGGCAACGUCGAGAUGGCCCAGGAGCAGCUCAUUGGUAACAUCAUGCUUGCCAUCAACUACCUCGUCUCCCUCCUCAAGAAGGGUUGGCAGAACGUUGGAAGCCUGGUCAUCAAGGCUUCCAUGUCUCCUCCCCACCGCCUGUACUAA